UGUGCAUGUCCCUUAUAUGCAUGUCCCAUCAUGUCCUGCUCAUUAUCUUAAGUUUAAUAUAGUAAACCAUUUUAUAGCAAAACCUUUUGCAAUUAAAUAAUCAAUUACAAUGUUCUCCAAAAGUGAUCUGAAGCCCUUCAGCAAUCCUCUGUUUUCUAUCUGUGAUUUGCUAUUUAUAGAUUUAUCACUUAAAUUCCUCGUUCUGAUUGGGCAGAAAGUAUUUUCGCAGUUUGUCUAUAAUUCGCCUCGUAUUAAAAGGGGGCGGGGUCAGUGUUGAUUAGAUUAAUUACGAUGUUAUGCAUAUGGAAAUUUGCCUUUACAUUCCACAUCGUUUUAAGGGCGAAAAUGUGAUUUUGUUUAUUUUUUAAGUUGGAAAUUGACCCGCUUUUUUUUUUUUUUUGUUACGCGUUUUUGGUUCCGGUCCAAACUUGUCAGCUAGACGGCUACCCCACCGGACUUCAAUCGGAUUGGUUCCGGUCCAAGGUGGCGCCCUUUGUCACCUAGACGGCUCACAGCCGAUUGGUCAUGGUUCGCCGUGACGUCACACGGUGGUGGUGGGCGGCCUCGUGGCGACUCGUCCGGCUCGUCGGGCGCGUGCCACAGAGUGGAAAAGCAACGGGGGCGUUAACGCGACGGUCAUGUCCUCGAUUUGGACUGGCAGGACAUUUACAGUUUGACAAUUCGGGAAAAUGUUAUUGUUUUUUUAUUAGGUGUGAAAAGAAGACGGACGAUAUUGGAGACAAAAUGGGCGAAUAACAAGAUUAUUAAUAAUAAUAAUAAUAAAUAUAAUAAUAAUGCUUACCACAUCCAUGCAAGACUUUUAACAAUUUGGACAAUCUUGUGUCCGGGAUGAAUCUCUGGCUGCAGAUUUGUAAGAAAACGCGUUUUGGAUCUUAAGUCGGAUUUGAUGAGGAACUCUUCUCAAGGACUUCUCACCAACUUGGACUGAAGAAACCUUCUGCUGUAGUCUAUCAGGCUUGUGUGUGUGUGUGUGUGUGUGUGUGUGUGUGCGUGGACUCCCGGCUGUAGACAUGCUCCAGUGCGCAGGGUGCGAGCGGCCCAUCCUGGACAGGUUCCUCCUGAACGUGCUGGACCGCGCGUGGCACACCAAAUGCGUCCAGUGCUGCGACUGCAAGUGCAAUCUAACGGAGAAAUGCUUCUCCAGAGAAGGAAGACUUUACUGCAAAACGGACUUUUUUAGACGCUACGGCACGAAGUGCGGCGGCUGCUCUCAGGUCAUCUCCCCGACAGACCUCGUCCGCAAGGCCAGAAGCAAAGUGUUCCACCUCACCUGCUUCACCUGCAUCAUCUGCAACAAGCAGCUGUCCACCGGAGAAGAGCUCUACGUCCUGGACGAGUCGAAAUUCGUGUGCAAAGAGGAUUACCUGAGCAACAGCUCCGGCAAGGACGCGAAUCUGCUCUCCAUAACACCGUGCAGUGAGCCCAGCCUGUCCCCGGACUCGCAGGACCCCCAGGAUGACGGGAAGGACUCGGAGGCGGGUCACCUCUCGGAUAAAGACGGGUGCGGGAACGAGAACGAUGAGCAGAGCGCGGGGACGAAGCGCCGCGGCCCGCGCACCACCAUCAAAGCCAAACAGCUCGAGACCCUGAAAGCGGCGUUCGCGGCCACGCCUAAGCCCACGAGACACAUCCGAGAACAGCUCGCGCAGGAGACCGGCCUCAACAUGCGCGUCAUUCAGGUAUGGUUCCAGAACCGGCGCUCGAAAGAAAGACGAAUGAAGCAGCUGAGUGCACUGGGGGCGAGACGCCAUGUGCUGUUCCGCAGCGCGAGAAGAAUGAGGGCGCUGGGGGAGCGAGUGGAGCCGGCCGAACUCAUGAUGCCCAAUGGCCACUUCUCUUAUUAUGGAGAUUAUCAAGGCGAAUACUACGGCCCAGGAAGCAACUACGACUACUUCCCGCAUGGCCCUCCCUCUUCACAGGCCCAGACUCCAAGCGAUCUGGGCUACAUUCCUUCCUCAGUCCCCGCUGGCACACCACUAGGCACCAUGGACCUUCACCAUUCUGGCCAUCACCCCUCCGGAGAGAGCCAGUGUUUUGGCGAGAUGGUGCCACAGCACUCUGGGGACUCCCCAAGCCCGGAGCACAGCAUCUCGGCAGACAUGAGUGGCGCGUUCACCUCGAUCAGCUCGCUCGGUGCUAACGGGUACAGCAGUCAGCUCUCUCAGCCUUCGUCAGAAAUAAGUGAAGGCACCGUGUGGUAGCUGGGAGCGCUCGGGCCGGCAGACCUGGCCAAAUGGACUCAGGUUUCAUACAGUCUGUAAAAAAACAAAAACAAAACAUGGACCUGAUCUUAAUACUGUCAUUUUGAUCGAUUAUGUUAUGUAUUUAUCUGUUUGUCUUUUUAUUUUGAUGUAUUUAUCUAUUUAUGGCCAUUGUAUGACUUUGUUUAAAUUUCUAUUUAUUUUCUUUCGGCAGACAAUUUUAUACAAUAGCACAUUUAUUACAGAUGUAGGCAGAAUACCAGUGUGUCAGAGAUGAGGAAGCCUGGUAGAAUGCAUGAUAACACUAAAUGCCAACAAUGGUUCUGUCAGUCAUGACACAGCACUAUCAAUUGUCAUGCCAAGAAAAGAAGUAUUUAUUUAUUUAUUUAUUUAUUUAUUUAUUUAUUUAUUUAUUAAUUUAUGUUCAUGAAUACUGACGGUGCCACGGUAUCUACCACUUUCAAUGGUUUAUUGCUAAUAAAUGGUUUAUUAUUGCUAAAAAGGUGGCUGAUUUUAAGCAAAUAAUAGAUGGUCAGCUUUCACAAAA